AUGGCAUCCGUCAAGUCACUAGGGCUGCACCAGCCCUCUGGGCUACGGCACGCGGUCCAGGAGCAGAUCCUCCCUCCCAAUCCAAAGCCUUCCGAUUACCGUUGGGAGAUAUCCGUCGAGCACAAUGGCGACCAGGACAUCGAAGACGAGCUUCUUAUCACCGACACCUGCGUCAUCUGGUCGCGGGGUCAGGUCUUUCGCAAAGCUUUCAGGCUCGACCUCGAGAAAGAGACCAUCACGCACGCCCUCCUGACAUACUUUCCCACUUCUGAACACGAACGGCAAAGUGAAACCACGUCCACUUCUUCGAAAUCGAGUACAGAGGCGAGGCUGUUAGCCAAGGCCCUGGUCGUCUUCCUCAAGACUCAGGCCCAUAUAUACUUCCUCUCUGGCACGAGCCAUGUUGUUCAUAUGCCCUUUGAAGUCGAGUCGGCCUGCGCUGCACCCCAGGGCGUCAUCAUUCAGCGCAAGCAGCGAUCCGAUAGCUUUGCGCCCGUAUCCCUUCGUUUUCCCCGUGUGCCACCAAACUCCUUCGUCUCGUCGCAAACCACAAACUUCUCCGCUAGCCUGCAAAGACCGCCGUCAUCUUCUUUCUCCGUAGAAGGUCUGGGAAAGCCGAAGGUCCUGCCAUUGAGGCUCAGUUCGACACUGGGUAACAUGUGGGAGUCGCCCAUGGAACAGCCAGAGUCUCAUUGGCCGAGACUGGUGUGCUUGACAGACCCUCUUCUCGAGCUCGGCCUUGUCGUUGGAGCUCCCAAGGUUAAUAGUCGAGGGAAGUCGAAACCAACGCCCGCAUCGACUGGGCGACCACUCUUCCUGGAUCCUGCCGAAGAGAUACUCCACAUCGAAAAGGUCUACGAUGCGGGACUAGGUAACGCCCCGGCUAGCACGUUAACGUUAGCAAUUACUGUCAACCGUGAUGCCAACAUAUACACCGUCUGGCGUCUGGACUACCUGAAGCAGGAAGAUCCUUUUAUAACUCGGCCAAAGAAGUCCAGAUCCAAGAGUAUACGGCGUCGGAGCUCUAUGCAACCUCCUUGCGCGAGUGGCGCAACUACCCCAACCCAGUCCCAUUUUAGGGAAAGCUUCGGCGCGCCUCUACCAGGAAAGAGGACACGGGCCCGAAAGAGCGAGGGCGCAGAUAAAACUAAGGAUCUCGUCGCGUCCUCUCUCGAGCAAGACAUAGAGCAGGGUACCAGGCGCCAAUCACGCCGGAUAAGCUCAAUGCUGGCGAGAGCUGAUUUGUCUUCAUCCCAGUAUGCCGAGCAGCCGAUGAUGACGGGACAUAACACUUCGAAGCGGAUUGAGUCUUACGGCAGCCAAUACGGCCGCCACAGCGGGGGUUAUGGCUCAUUCAAUUAUAGCCAGACGAUACAUCCAAGUUUGAACAGCCUUCUGGAAGCACCCAUCGACAAUGUGCUCGAUGAACUCCGAGCUGGCGGGGAUUUUGAAGGAUUCCACAAUAUGGGCCUGGAUGACCACGACUUCGAUGGGCUUGCCCAAGAAAUAUCCUUUACCAAGAUCAAGAGCAUCUCUAUAGAUACCUCCAACAUCCGAUACUCGGUUUCGUCCCAGCCCGCUACAUCACAAUGCCGCGUCUUCAUCCUUUCUGCUCCCCCUUCUGCCGUUGACGAAAACCAGCGCACGCAAGUUGUCAUUGGCAUCCAAGACACUCUUGAAAAGAGAUUACAACUCCUCACCCUCCACUUCCAAGCAGCCGAAAAGCCCGACAUAUUGUCAAAGGCGAGCAAGAAGCCUGCAUCACUCACCGGCGAAGCCAUAAUCCCACAAUGUGGCGAGCUUCGGCGUGCCGAAAGCGUCGUGGAUUCGUGCAAGAUUUCUCAUGGCAACUUGGCCAUGACCUUCAUCUUGUCUGAGAAGCUUGGCGGCGGACACGAGCUGAGCAUCCAAGCACCAUGGGGCCCCAUGACAACAAUCGCCCUUCCCUUGCUUUUCCUCGAUAAUGUUCGUAGCUUGCAGUUUAAUGGACGGGAAGUAGACCGCGAUCUUCGACAGCAAAAGUCCGAGACAAUCAGCUGCGAGAACGGUAGUAUCGUGAGACUCGCACAUCCCAAGGGCAGAGGAGUGGUUGAUCUGGUGGAUACAGAGGGCCGCCUGCAUCAAGUACGCAUUCAACUUCAACCAUCUUCUCUGUUGGUUCGACGGGUCCUCGAAAUUUGUAGCAACGUCCUCCCGUUCCCUCACGGAGGCAAGUAUCUUGGGGGCUGGUGGCAUGUCAUGCAAUGGUGCAAGCAGGAGAAUAUCGAGGUGGCCGACCUUGAGUGGUCUUGCCUUGUGAUCGAGCUGCUGGCUUCGUAUCUAGCCCUGGAUCCCGCCCACCUGAAGGCUCAGGCCUCCCGUGUCGGCAGGUCCCGAAGAAACCGGCGUACUGCGUCGACUUCCCUUAGCAUUGCUCAAGCGACGGAAGACUGGAAUGCAAUGCUGUCCUAUGAGGCCAAGAAUUCCCUUGCCUGCCCGGAUUGGAUGCUGGGCCCCGGAUGGCAGUGGGCUUUUGAUGAUAUCAUGAACAAGGAUCCCGAGCAGGAUGACACUACACUCUUCCAAACGGGUUUCAUGGCGACUCAUAUCCGUUACGCCAAGCAAUUUCUUACGUCCAGCAUCGGAGAGCACGCUUUUGGAGCAGCCGGGUUUCUUCCAACAAGUCAGGCCCUCGGCGCCGACUUCCAGAGGCGAGCGGCAAGUGACAUAUUCAUGGCCUUGCACCUUUUGCUCGAAGAGCAAAAGCUCGAUAUCAUGACUCCUGAAAUUAGUUCUUCUGGAGGCGUGAACUUGAAGGUUGUCCUCUGCCAGAUUGCGCGGUGGCUACAGUGGUCCAACUUCUCUACCCUCUAUGGCGUUGGUAUCCAGGAGGACUUGGACCCCAGUCUUGACUCAGAAUUGAGUCUCUCUACACCUAUCCCCGAGCCCCCGAGCGUACCUUGCGUCUUUGAAUGGGCCGAAUCCUACCUUACCACUCGCAAGGGCAUAUCUUUCCCUACCUUGGCUGACAUCUACUUCGAAACAAUGCGCAUCAGCGAAAAGAACCGACGCAAUACCGACCGAUUCGCCUGUCUUACUCCUAGAACUUUUAUGUUGAAACGGCUCUUCAUGCAAUUAAAACCAGGGUCUUUCUUUGUAGAAACCGUUGAAGCAAUCCACAAAGCGGGCAUCACGACAAAGGUCAUGGAAUCAUUACCAGAGGCACUUUUGAUUCCCAUAAGGGAUGCCAUCUCGCGUUGCCAGCCUCACCCACCUAAUAGCUGGUCCAGGGAGCUUUUGGAACUUGUCAAUCGUAGCGAUAUGAACCUCGUCACGGCAGCCACAAAGAGAUCUCGACCCUACACUGGUCAAUUACUAGCCCCUACACAUACGGCUUCGUGGGAUUUCCAAAUGCUUUGCCAGAGUCUAGACGAGUACAAUAGCGUUGGCUGUGACGACGGCGAGGGCAACGAACUUCAGUCCAUCAUUCGUGCUCUGUUCAAGGACGACCGGCGUUUAAGCGAAGCCCAGGACAUCCUAUCUACCCACAAGGCACGCGUCGUACGCCUCGACCCGGUUCCCGGGUGGACCGAGAGCGAGUAUUUGGAACAGCAAAAGGAACUUGUAUCCAGAAUCGCGAUCGGUACCCUCGCCAUUCCUGCUGGUCGUGGUCUUCUCUACUACAGUCUCCGCUUCCCGUUGCUUACGCAAAAAUUCCAUAUUGGCGGGUUCAAUCUCAACUGCGUCGUCAAGCCCACAAACGUAACCGUGGGCGUCGACAAGACGCAAUUUACCGAGGAGAAGGUCUGCUGGGGAUUCUUCCACCAGGGAGUAUCCGCCGGCCUAUCCAUCUCCCCCAACGCUAAGGGUAUUGACACCUCGUGGAUUCUUUACAACAAGCCCAGCCAAGACUUGAGCAAUAGACAUGCCGGAUUCCUCCUAGCGCUUGGCUUGAACGGGCAUUUGAAGGGAGUCGCCAAGUGGGUGGCCUUCAAAUACCUGACACCAAAGCACACCAUGACUUCAAUCGGUUUACUUCUCGGUCUUGCCGCCUCCUACAUGGGAACUAUGGAUUCCCUCAUCACGCGGCUGCUGUCGGUCCAUGUUACGAGGAUGUUGCCGCGCGGCGCCGCCGAGCUGAACCUCUCGCCGCUUACGCAGACGAGCGGCAUCAUGGGCAUAGGGCUGCUAUAUUGCAACAGCCAACAUCGCCGGAUGAGCGAGGUGAUGAUGUCGGAGAUUGAACACAUCGACGAGGAAGACGAGGAAGAGCCCCUCCGAAGCGAAGGGUACAGGCUGGCUGCGGGCUUCGCUCUCGGUUUCAUCAACUUGGGCAAGGGACCCGACCUCAGGGGACUCCAUGACAUGAGGCUCACAGAGAAGCUAAUCGCACUCGCGACAACGGCCAAGAAGGUCGAGAUUACGCAUAUCCUCGACCGGGCUGCUGCCGGUGCUGUUAUGGCCAUCGCUUUGAUGUAUAUGAAGUCGGAUGAUCACAUCGUCGCCCGCAAGAUCGAUGUCCCCAGCUCCAUCGUCCAGUUCGACUACAUCCGACCCGACAUUCUUAUGCUUCGCACUCUCGCAAGGCACCUUAUUCUCUGGAGCAAGAUCCAGCCGUCCCAAGAAUGGGUCAAGAACAGUCUUCCGAAGGAAUACCAAGCCGGGCAUCUGCUAACGGGCUAUAACCAUCUUACGACUAAGAGCCUCCCGUUCUUCAGCAUCCUCGGCGGAAUCUGCUUCGCAUUGGGUCUCCGGUUCGCCGGAAGCGCCAACACCGAAGCCCGAGACCUCCUCAUAUCCCUUCUCGACCAGCUGAUACGCAUCACGCGCCUCGAGCCCACCUCAGAGGACCAGCCCGUCUACGACGAGGAGCUCGCCCGCACCUACGCCCGCACCUGCCAAGACAUCGUCGCCAUCUCAGCCUCCAUAGUCAUGGCGGGCACGGGCGACCUGGUCGUCCUCCGCCGCCUCCGCUCCCUACACGGACGCGAUGACCCCACGACGCCAUACGGCUCCCAUCUCGCAGCCCAUCUCGCCGUCGGCGCGCUUUUCCUCGGCUGCGGCACCGCCACGUUCGCGACGACGGAUGUGGCCAUCGCAAGUCUGCUCGUGGCGUUCUACCCCGUGUUCCCGACGACGGUCAUGGACAACCGGUCGCAUCUGCAGGCGUUUAGGCACUUUUGGGUGCUCGCGACGGACCAGCGGUGUCUCGUCGCUAAGGAUUUCGGCACCGGCCAGCCGGUCAGCGUCCCCGUUAAGAUUGAGCUGAAGAAGAACGCGGCCGCUCCGGGAAGGAAAGGGGGCGCCGUGCUGCUUAAGAAUACACCGUGUCUCCUCCCACCGCUUGAGGAUGUCGUUCGUCUGCGGACGGAUGCGGGGCCUACGUAUUGGAACAUCGACCUCGAUCUUUCCGCGUACGCCGCUGCUACUAAGCGGCCUAGAGUUAAACCCCAGACGCUUUCCUCGUCUACCACGGCCCCGGCAACGGCGAAGGAUGAGGCCACCAAUACUACAAAGGUCAUCCACCUCCGCCGCCGCCCGCCGAAACCGACACCCUUCUCGACCCAGCUCUCGUCGGUCCACACCAGCACCACGGGUACCCCCUCGCCGUUUACAUGGCUCUUCAACCUCCCCGCCCUCGCCAGCUUGUCCCCCUCCGAUCGCAACGCGGUCCUAGACGCCGACCCGGAUCGCCUCGGUAGCGCCGUCGAUGUACGGCUGGAACUGCAGCAGGCCGUGGAAAAGGGGGAGCGGGAUGCGCUUCUGGGACUUAAGCUCGUGUUUGAGUGGAUUAGGAGACGGGAGCAGAUACAGCAGAAGAAGAGGAGGAGGGGAGGUAGGACUUGGCAGGAGGAGGAAGAGGAGGAGGACGGGGAGUGGUGGGUUAGGAAGGGGGUUGUGGAGGGGUUGAAGGGGAGUGUUUGGCUUGCUGGGCGCGAGGGUUGA